UGAUUUCCUUCUUAGGUGGCUGAGAGGAGUAAAGAGAAGAAGGUCGGCCUUGCAUCUGCGGAGGCAGAUCUUCAGGACCCCCAGAGUUCUUUCCUGCAUGCUAAGAAAUCCCCUGUGUGUUUCCGGCUGUUCUCUAAUGUGUCUAUUGUUUCUCUCCCUUUCUCAUUUGUCACAGAAGACGAAGUGCUUCUCUGUGUAAAGGACAUCAGCCACUUCUUAAUGCAAGACAUCGCCUUCCUGUCUGGUGGCCGGGGAAAGGAUGAUGCUUGGAUCAUUACAUUUCCAGAAAAUUGUAAUUUCAAAUGCAUACCAGAAGAAAUUAUAGCAAAAGUACUGACUUACUUGACGUCUGUUGCAAGGCAAAAUGGAUCUGACUCCCGAUUUACCAUUAUUCUUGAUCGAAGAUUGGAUACCUGGUCUUCUCUCAAAGCAUCUCUCCAGAAAAUCUCAUCUUCAUUCCCUGGGAACUUGCACUUGGUUUUGGUCCUUCGUCCCACCAGUUUUCUCCAACGGACUUUCACAGACAUUGGAUUUCGAUUUAGUCAGGAAGAUUUCAUGCUCAAAUUACCGGUUGUUAUGCUGAGCUCAGUUAGUGAUUUGCUGACGUACAUCGAUGACAAGCAGUUAACCACUGAGUUAGGCGGCACCUUGCAGUACUGCCACAGUGAAUGGAUCACCUUCAGAAAUGCUAUAGAAAAUUUUGCCCUCACAGUGAAAGAUACAGCUCAGAUGUUACAGUCCUUUGGAACUGAACUGGCCGAGGCAGAACUACCAGGUGACAUUCCUGCAAUAGAAGAAAUUCUUGCAAUUCGUGCUGAAAGGUACCACCUGUUAAAGAAGGAUAUCACAGCUGUAACCAAAGAAGGAAAAAUUCUGCUAACAAAUCUGGAAGUGCCUGAUGCCGAGGGUGCUGUGAGUUCAAGACUUGAAAAUCUUCAGCAGACUAGUGGUGACUGGCAAACUAUUAAUAAAUUGCUGACUCAAGUACAUGAUAUGGAAAUAGCUUUUGAUGGAUUUUGGGAAAAACACCAGCUAAAAAUGGAGCAGUAUCUGCAACUCUGGAAGUUUGAGCAGGAUUUUCAAGAGCUCGUGAGUGAAGCUGAACUUAUACUAAACCAACAAGCGGAGUUGGCAGAUGUAACAGGGACUAUAGCUCAAGUGAAACAAAAAAUUAAAAAGUUGGAAAACUUGGAUGAAAAUUCUCAGGACCUGUUAGCAAAGGCCCGGUUCGUAAUAAUACAUGGACACAGACUCGCAGCAAGUCACCAUUAUGCCCUGGAUUUGAUCUGUCAGAGGUGCAAUGAACUACGUUACCUUUCUGAUAUUUUGGUAAAUGAGAUCAGAACCAAACGGAUACAGCUCAACAGGAUCUUUAAAAUGCAUAAACUCCUACAGCAGGCUCUCCAGUGCUGUGAUGAAGGAGAGUGCCUUCUAGCUAAUCAAGAAAUAGACAAGUUUCAGUCUAAAGAAGAUGCUCAGAAGGCCCUCCAAGACAUUGAGAAUUUUCUUGAAAUGGCACUACCCUUUAUAAAUUAUGAUCCUGAAACCCUACAGUAUGAAUUUGGUGUAAAUUUAUCUCCUGAACUCAAGGUUCAAAUGCAGACCAUCCAACUCAAGCUUGAAAACAUCCGAAGUAUAUUUGAGAACCAACAGGCCGGUUUCAGAAACCUGACAGAUAAGCGUGUGAGGCCGAUCCCAUUUGUAGUACCUGCUUCUGACAAUGUGGUCAGAUCUAGAGCACCACUUUUUUCAUCUACACAAGUGGGAGUUGGAUAUUCUUUCUUUCAAGCAUGUAAACUUUUUUCAAAAGGGAAGAAGACUUGGAGACAAAAUCAGAGCAACCCAAAAACUGAAGAAGUAUAUGAUUGUCAGGAGAAGAGAAGUUCUGUUCAGUCCUCCAGUUUGGACAACGACAAUAGCUUGGAUAUUUUAAAGAACCACGUCCUAAAUGAGCUGAUACAGACUGAGAGGGCAUAUGUUAGGGAACUGUUUACUGUUUUGUUGGGCUAUAGAGCGGAGAUGGAUAAUCCAGAGAUGUUUGUUCUUAUGCCACCUCUCCUGAGAAGUAAAAGGGAUGUUCUCUUCGGAAACAUGGCAGAAAUAUAUGAAUUCCAUAACAACAUUUUCAUGAGCAGUCUGGAAAAUUGUGUUGAUGCUCCAGAAAGAGUGGGACCUUGUUUCCUGGAAAGGAAAGAUGAUUUUCAAAUGUAUGCCAAGUAUUGUCAGAAUAAGCCCAGGUCAGAGGCAAUUUGGAAGAAGUAUUCAGAAUGCGCCUUUUUCCAGCCAGGGGAUGUUGAAGAAGGGCUCAGCGCCCUGGCCGAGUGUGUCCUCAGCCAGGAGUGGGGAAAUGCUGAUCUCCCGGGAAGCUGCCUCGUGAUCCAGGAACCGGAGAAGCCCGAGCUCCGGGCCGAGGUGGUCAUUUUGGCAGCUUGCUCUCCACAGUGGUACUCUGCACGCCCCUGCCAGGCUGGACCCGUCACAGAACAGGCGGGCUGGAGGCCCUGCCCUCCUGCAGGUAUCCUUGCAGCCUCUCCCACGGGGUUCACAGCAGGGAAACCCCAUAGCCAGCCCGGGGCAUAG